AUCGUCUUGCAGAAGCCCGCCAAAACCAAGUCAGUCCAGCCAACUCCCAGUCGCUGCUGCGGUCGCCCGUAAUGGACACUGCCUUGGGCAGUCUGGUGAUGGAAAUCGGCUACACGUUAACGGCUUCGCUGGAGGACUGCAAGAACCACCUGCCGAAGAUUGGCGACAGGAAGAACACGGCGCAGGAUGUGGCCAAGAUUAUUUCGUCGAUGUGUUUGACGCACGCGUCGCUUUCGGAGAGUCCUGUGGUACACGCUCUCGGCACAGCUGCUGCACAAAGCGCGCGUACGUCGAGUCUUCUUAAUCCAGAACUUCCGGCCAAACUGAGCCUGAGCGAGGUGGAAACCAUCGGCAAGAACCCCACGGACAGCGGGGAGUACACUUUAAACGAACCCCAAAUACACUGAAAAGCGACAUGAUCGCCGUCAAACUCAGCUCCAAGACCGUGCUCGAGGAGAUCACUCCGUCCGUUAUCGAACCUUCGUUCGGCGUUGGCCGCAUCAUGUACUCGCUCCUUGGGAACAGCUUCCGAAAGCGCUAAGGCGAGGAACAGCGCAGCUAAUUCUCGCUGACCCCGAUCGUGCCCCCCCUCAAGUGCUUUCGUACUGCCGCUGAGCAACAACACCGACUUCUCCCCAUUCAGGAAGAAGAUCUGUAAGUAGUCUACCUCUCAAGCAAAACUUCCUUCUAACCCAAA